GUGCUAUAGACAGACGCUACAGAGACUCGAGGGCUCUUUCGACCGGGAUCUGACGGUGGGCUGACAGUGUCGCCUGAUCAAGACGCGAUUAUACACUCUUAUACUUUUGGAUAUGUGCCUUUUAAUAUGUGAUCGAUUAAAUACCGGGACGUGUCGAAUAAUCAGAUGUAGAGUAGACAUCCCUCCAUCGAGCGAGGCCAUCUGAAUCAUCACAGGGAUUCGUGACACAGAUUCUGCUGAAAAAAAAAAUGGUCACGGCAUCGAGCACUUAACUGACCCCUGAGAACAAUAACAACCAGAAUGCUACAGCACAACAACAACAAUAACUACCCUUGCCUGGACAUGGCCCAUAGAGAGCUGCUUCAUGGUUGCAGGCGAAAUGGUACUACGUUCAGCAGUGCCCUUGGAUUCGGCGCAAUCCCACUAAUUAAAGGUAUUAGGGCUUGGGCAGUAAGUGGAGGAUAUUCAAGAAGUAAGAGAAAAGCUCCAGCUGCUCAUCAAGCAUCUGACCCAACUCAUGAGAGCAGAAUUGGAACCAGCCACAGGAAAAUAUAUUCAUUUCAUACAUCUGGGGUCAGGCAAGGAGGACUUGGUGCUUUAGUGACUGUGGCCACAUUGAAGAACUCAGAUGGAGGCAGGCAAACCCAGACUCGAUGCCUCUUUCUCAAAGCUGAAGGAUGUAAUUACCUUUGUGCUGUGGGGACCAGAGUGGAUGGAAGAAAAUCUGGAAAAGGGAAUCAGGAUGGUAUGGAACUUUGUGAUGGCAAACCUGUCAGAAAGUGGAGAAAGUCUAGCAAGAGACCUAAAUCCAUGGACAACAUAUCAGUAGUUGGAAAUAAAGAGGGAGUUGCCUCUACAAAACUGGAACUUUUGGACAAAUGCUCCAUAACACAGUGCCUAAAGGCAAAACAUGCCCUGACAGCGAUUAACAAAGAUGAUCAUCUAAAUAGGUCAGAGUUUUCCUCUCUACAUGAGAUUUGUGAACCAGCCACGUGCAGCCUGUCUACCAAAUAUGAUUCUAGUACAGAAGUGAAGGAAGACACAACACUAGCUUCUUUCCCAAAACUCAAUAUUUGUGAGGUUUUUGUGGGAAAAGACACACCCAAAACCACAGAAAUCAGUAAGCAUGAAAAUGAUCUUAGAGCUGAUGUGAACAUGAGUCAUGUUUUAAAAUCCAAGGAAAUUGGUAUGCCAAAAUCUGAUGAGCAUAGUCCAGGAUCUGAAAUAAUUAUGCAUAACAAAAAUGGAAUCUUAUCCAGCAUUAGCCAUAGCCACUAUAACACCACAGACACCAUUAAAUAUGAGAUUGACAUUUUAGCAGAUAGAAAUCUUAAUAAAUCCAAUGAAUUUGGUGUUGAGAAUUCUAAACAGCAUGAUCUAGAGUCUGAAGUAUUUUCACAGGAGACCAAUAAGACAAAAGGAGCUUUGUUAACCAUUAGUUACAGCCACUGUGAGGAGUCUGUAAUAACCCCUGCAUCCAGCCACCAUUCAGCCGAUACUUUAUUACCAAUUACACAAAUGGAACAGGAAAUAAAGAAGAGAAUAGAUGAUAUUUCCUUUAAUUAUGACAUGGAGAAGAUUAUCCAUUUUGCUGAAAUGAAGAAAGACAUGUUUAGUACCUCUAAUCAGAACAUGGAUCCUUUGCGUGAACCAGCAAAGAAGCAUUUGGGGUCACCUUCAUGUUCUUCUCAUCAUAAGCAGGAAAUAAUCAUGGAUGUAACUAUGACACAUGAGAAUGGAAAAAAAGUAAACACCACAAAUGAGGCUUUUGAAGAGCUUGCUAAUUCUUUAUCACAAGGUUCUGGCUCUUUCAAUAUUGCUAAACCUAUUAUAUCCCUGCCUAAUCCGGCCUCCAUCACAAACACAACUGCCCUCAGACCCAUAAGUAGGCAGCAACAGGAGGAAGCCAAGGGUAUGAGAUUAGCACUAAAACCAGCAGUGGAGCUGCUAGAAAAGCAGGAGAGAGGCCAUGAAGUGGACAAAGUGGUGGACGAUUGGCCUGAAGUGGUGGACGAGGAAGAUAGAGAUGAGUUUGGAGUCUUUAUGAAGGCAGGAGAUGACCAGGUCUGGAAUGAAGGAUUCAACGAGCUCAAAAAAGUGCCUUGUGAGAAGCAUGCUGACAUUGACAUUAGAAACUCCUCUGUUUCAAAUGAACCCCCAUCCUGCAUGUCUGCUUGGACCAGAGACCUGUCAAUCAGUCAGUCAGAGGACACAUGGACUGCCUUCAAGCAUGAAGGGAUCAGCAGAAAAACAGAGGAGUGCUGGUUUUCGACUGCUGUGGAAAACAUGCACCUCACACACUCAUCUCUCAUUACUGUGCCAAAUGUGUUUUUAGAGGCCUUUCCCUAUCUAAAACCCUCCUGUGGAGAUUCUGACUGCAUUCCCACAUUGACAGAGCUGCUACAAGGAACUGCAGCAGGAAACAGACCUGAACCUGGGAGGCAGAGUCUAUUGGAUGGCCUUCAGGAUCUGGACCGCAUGAUUGGUGUGAAAUACAAAGUGGCAGAGUCUCUGUCCCGAAAGCUUCUCCUGCAGGCACUGAAUUUGAGGACCAUAAACCUUGAGUGUGCAGGUGGCCGAAAACAGAACAUGGCAAGGUUUUCACCAAACCUUCCCACGUCCAACCAGCAGCUAGCAGCUAAUGCUAAAAGAAGAUUCUCUUAUGACAUCAACAGAAACAUUAUGGCAUAGUUUCUCCCAAUUUUAAAUCACUAUAUUCUUCAACAGCUGGAAAAAGAAUAACUUCAGAUGAAAACAAAAUUAUUGGUUUGUGUUUGUUUUUUUCUUCCCCAUGAGGCUGUACCCUCGGUUCCCUCUGCAGUCACAUGAGUUAUUAGUUGUUGUACAUUUACAUCUGUUAUUAUUUUAAUAUGUCUGUCUACUUCCUCAACAACCUGUUUAAAAUCAAAAGACAUCACAUGCAUCCUGAUGUUCCUAAAAACAGAUUUCCUGGGUCAACAAGGAUUAGCUUGAUCAUAUGACAUUACCUACACUAACUAACAAUACAGUGAAUUUUACUGCUGGUUUUGAUUUUCAUCUCUCAUUAUCUGUAGCCGCUUUAUCCUGUUCUACAGGGUCGCAGGCAAGCUGGAGCCUAUCCCAGCUGACUACGGGCAAAAGGCGGGGUACACCCUGGACAAGUCGCCAGGUCAUCACAGGGCUGACACAUAGACAACCAUUCACACUCACAUUCACACCUAUGGUCAAUUUAGAGCAGGGGUCACCAAACUUUUUUCUCUGGGGGCCACAUUGUCAUUCCUGACUGUGAUGGGGGGCCGGGGUCAGGUCAGCUAUAUAACAUAGAAUUGUAUGACCCAGACAAAUAUGACCACCAGCAGGCCUCAUUGUGUAGUAGAGAUUACUAGCCUGGCACAGCCAUCCCCACUACUAUAUCCCCACUACUAUACCCACACUACUAUAUCAACACUACUAUAUCAACACUUGAUUCCUGGCACAUAUUUGUUUAUCUUUACUAGUGGUUUGCAAAAGUAGUAAUUGAGUCUUCACACUUUGUUUUUGAAAUACCACAGAUAUUCCAUUUAUUUAUUUUCUAAUAAAAAUAACAUCAAAGCUGGUAGGUAAGAAACAUCUGCCUAGUUGAGGUGAUUGACACUGGCAAAGGCGAGUGGAAAAUUAUAAAUUGUAGGUAGGCCUGUUGAUAUUAUUAAUAAUAUUAAUAAUUGUGUGCAGCACUUAAUAAAGGUCAAAUAAAUAGGCCUAGAAAAUAAAUACAUUUUUAAAAAACAGUGAAAUUAUAAUAAUAUGAGCAAUAGAUCAACUAGCCAGCUCUUAUGCCUAUCCAUUUGAGCAUGUUCAGUAAACAUUUUUUAGGUCAAGGUGAAAAUGAAAUGAGCAGUAGGCCAUUUACAGGUCAAAACUAAAGCAUAAUACAGAAUAAUGGGAAUCAAAAUCAGUAGUAUAUGUAGGUGAGCUGGAUUUGUACUUGUUGAUUUGUACUCCUUGUCGGGACACACCUCCUCGGCCACAGCAAGCAUGCAUACUUUAACAAAGUCCCCAUCAGUAAACGGCUUUCCAUGGGUAGCUAGUAGGUGAGCUACCUUAUAGCUAGCUCGGACAGCAGCCUGGUUGAUCUGGGUUUGGCGAAGGAAUACAUUCUGUUGUGCAGCCAGUCGGCAUUUCAUCCUCCGAAUCCUGUCUUCUCUUGUUUGCCCUCGCAAACUAGCAUACUCUUUGUGGCGGGUUUCGUAGUGACGACGCAGAUUAUAUUCUUUGAAAACCGUCACACUUUCUUUACAUACAAGACAAACUGCACGGUCCUUACACUGAACGAAAAAAUAAUCGGUGGUCCACUGUUCUUUAAAAACUCUGCACUCUCUGUCAGCUUUUUGCUUACCGCUAGCCAUUUUGCUGUCCUGAACACUGACAGUUCUCUGCGCAUGCGCUGCCUGUCACUGCUUGAUCGCGAGCAUAUGACGAAAAUUCGGAAAAUAUGAAUAGUUCAUUUUAUAACUAAAUAUCAAUUUUAAUUGAUAAAAUCAACAAAAUACAAGAUGCAGACAUGUUAUUAUUU